AUGUUCUUGCAUAAAACUUAUGUACAACCUGAAGACUUCUUCUGGAUUGAAUCCCCCAAGCACGGAGGUACUGGCGCUCAGGCAAAGAAUGUCUCCGCUUUCAGUGCUAUCAGAAGAGCAGCCAAGAAAGUUGUAGGAGUCUUUGCUUUUCUUUUCUCAGGGCAGAGAAAUUUAAAGCCAAGAGAAUGUAGAUCUGAUCCUGGAGAGAUCAGCAGCACCCACGACAGAGAAUCUACAUUAUCAGGUUGGACUGGUUAUUCAUCCCCAAGUACUUUUGGAAGAUCAACAGAAAGAAAGGUUUCAGGUCAAUACCGAUUUUCUGGUUCAAGAUUUCAAAACUUUGGGAAAGAUUCUUCUUCUUCUUCUAGCAAAAGUUGGCAACUUGGCCCAGUGAUUUUUUCUUUUGUGGAGCUUCAGAGAGCAACCGCAAAUUUUGCACUUAAUAAUCAGAUUGGCGAAGGAGGUUUUGGAACUGUUUUUAAGGGAAAGCUUGAUGAUGGAACUUUUGUUGCUAUCAAGCGUGCAAGAAAGAACAACUAUGGCAAAAGCUGGUUGACAGAGUUCAAGAAUGAAAUAUACACAUUGUCAAAGAUAGAGCAUAUGAAUUUAGUAAAGCUCUAUGGAUUUCUUGAACAUGAAGACGAAAAGGUUAUUGUUGUUGAAUAUGUUAACAAUGGAAACCUAAGAGAACAUUUAGAUGGUUUACGCGGUAACCGUCUUGAAAUGGCAGAACGUCUAGAGAUUGCGAUUGAUGUGGCUCAUGCAUUGACCUAUCUUCACACAUAUACAGAGACUGCAAUAAUACACAGAGACAUUAAAGCAUCAAACAUACUCAUCACUGAUAAGCUCAGAGCCAAAGUGGCAGACUUUGGAUUUGCCCGUUUAGUCUCUGAUGAUUCGGAGGCUACUCAUAUCUCAACACAGGUCAAAGGAUCUGCAGGGUAUGUGGAUCCAGAUUAUCUCAGGACGUUUCAACUAACUGACAAGAGCGACGUUUACUCUUAUGGUGUUUUGCUCAUUGAGCUUCUCACCGGAAGACGUCCCAUUGAGUUAAAGAGACCAAGAAAAGACAGACUCACUGUUAAAUGGGCGUUGAAGAGACAUAUAGAGGAUGAAGUUGUUCUUGUAAUGGACCCGUUUCUCAAGAGAAAUAGAGCUGCCAUUGAAGUAGCUGAGAAGAUGCUGAGACUGGCGAGCGAAUGUGUUGCACCAACGAGAGGUCCACGUCCGUCUAUGAAAGACUGUGUGGAAAAGCUAUGGGGGAUAAGGAGAGAGAUGAAGGAGACAAUGCUUUGCUCUUCUGCUUCUGUUUCUUCGUCUUCUUCAGCUACACACAGCUUCCUGGGUCGUGAUUCAGACAGAUUUGCAUUACCGAGGAUUAUAGAUGAUGAGAACACCACUCAGUUAGUCUCUCCUUAA